AUGAGCAAGCCAAUUGAGCAAGCGCUCUCCAAUCUCAUCCCCCGCCACCCCGGUGCUCUCCCUCCAGAGCUCAUCGAACUUGCUUCAUCCCUGCUAUCACAGUCUCGCACGAAAGUCAGUACCCUAAAGGCAGACGAGGAAAUCGGAAGGACGUAUGUCGUUGCCAACAUUGCAUGUGAGCGCCUAAAAACAACCCUCAACCUCCCCCCAAUCGAGCCCCGCCCUCCUAUCCCACCCCGCGUCUACUCAAGACUCUACGCCUACUUCUCGCGCGUCCUCGUCUCCUCCACCCGUCGUCGCGGCCCCGCCGUAAGGAACACCCCCUCUCGCCCACUCCCGCAAAAACAAACCCCCCUGAAAGAAACCAGCCUCGCCAGCUUCCGUGUCAACAACAGGACGCCGAAGAAAGGGCUAAGAUAUGCCGGGAACAAGGAGAGGGAUGAGAGGGUGCCGAGGUGGGUAGCGCCCGUAGUUAGGAAGAUGUGUAGGGAGAUGGAGAACCCGGCUGCGGUACCGCAUGUUCUAGCCGGUGCUGAGAGUAUCUUGACACAGCCGUGUCCAGACGGCGAGCAGAAGAUGCAAGGGAAGACCCCGGCGCUGGUGGCGGCUUCUUGGUUCUUUGUUACGCAGGAGCUUACGGGGAAGGAGACGAGUGGGAAGGAGUUCGCGUCGCGGUGUAAGAAGAUAUUGGGACUGUUCAAAGAAGCGAGAGAUGAUGUGGUGGUUGUGGGGAAGGUGGGAGAUGAUGAGGAGGGUUGGAAGGAUUGGGAAACGGUAGUAGCGGGUGAUGUAAAGGGGUGGAUUAGGGAGAUUACUGAGAAUGGCUGGUUGGCGCUGGACUGGUUUACGAAUAUUGCUAGUGGUGAGGCUGCUGCUCAUGCCGAGGAUGAGGAUGGUGAAACAACAAAGCGAGUAGGAAAACGAGAAGGUUUAGGGAUGAUGAUGGCAGAUCGUUACGAUUACUUGAGCGAGGAGAAUAGAGCGGAGUAUUCUAAGUGGAAGGGAGCGAUGCUAGCCAAGAUCAACGACUUGGCUCAAGAGGGCAUUAUGGAUAUGGAUACCACGGAUGGAUAA